CCUCGGUGCCACUCCCAGGACGCCGCUUGGGCUGGCCCGCUCUGGGAUCUUCUGGGGCUUCCGCGCAGAUGGUGCUUUCGGAGCUGGCCUCGCGGCUCAACAGUACCGAGUACAAGAACUGGGUCAAGGCGGGACACUGCCUGCUGCUGCUGCGGGCCUGCCUGCAGGGCUUCAUCCGCGCCGAGGUGGAUGCCUUCCACCAGCGCAUCCUGUCCGGGGCCCCCAGCCUGGGCCCCCGCGCCUCCUGCAGCGGAGGCGUGCGCUGCACCCCCCGUGCUCGGCAGUUUCAGCCUCAAUGUGAGUUGUGUGCAGAAUGGAAAAAGGAGAUUUUGAAACAUCACACCAACAGAAAUGGAGACAUCUACUGGGGAAAUUGCAAGCCUGAGCGCUGGCCUUUUGACCCCUGGGAACUGGCAAAGGCUUUUAUGCCCAGGGGAUUGGCAGACAAAAAAGGACCUGAGGAAUGUGAUGCAGUUGCUCUUCUAAGUCUUAUCAACUCCUGUGAUCACUUCAGGAUUGAUCGAAAAAAAGUCAUAGAGAUAAUUAAAUGUCGUAAUGAAAUCAUGCACUCUUCAGAAAUGAAAGUCUCUUCUACAUGGCUGCAAGAUUUUCAGAAGAAGAUUCAAAGUUUUUUGAAUGAAUUCAGGAAUAUCCCAGAGAUUGCAGCCACAAGUGCCAGAGUAGAACAGCUACUGACAUCUGACUGGGCUGUCCAUAUCCCUGGGGAGGAUCAGUUGGAUGGGCCUGAAAGUGAAACCAGAAUUCACCUUAGUGAAAGUGAAAUCAAUGAAAUAGAAAUGGAAUUAUUAAGGGAAAAACUUCAAGAGAAUUAUCUUCAAGCAGAAGAGCAAGCAGUAUCACCUGAAGAGAUCAUUAGAAACGUAGAGGCGAUGAAGAUCUUCCUAAGAAACAACAAGGAUCUUAGAAUUAGUUUUGAAGAAGAAAUACAAAAGUUGGAAGAUCUUAAUCUACAGUAUCAAAAAAAGUGUACAAAGGAACCUGGAAAAUAGAUGCUUGAACUGGUGGAAGUUGAAGGUAUUUCUUUAGUUAAAAUGAAAUAUGUUAUCCAAAGAUCAUCUUGAUUCCAGUCUUGUUAUCGAGGCAGCAAGGUGGAGCUGUGCCUGGAACUAGGAGGACCCGAGUUCAAAUUUGGCCUCAGACACUUACUAGCCGUGUGACUCUAGGCAAGGCAUUUAACCUCUGUUUGCUUCAGUUUCCUCGACUGUAAAAUGGGGAUAACAGCACCUACCUUUCAGGAUUGUUGUGAAGAUCAAAUGAGGUAUUUGUAUAGUGCUUUGCACACGGUGGAUGCUUAUUCCCUUUCUUCCUUCAUUACUGGAAACUUUUAUUCAAGGAGGAAGAGUGUAUAUAAUAGCAAAUGGAAGUAUUCUUUAUAGUAGCGAGGGAUUUUUUCUUUGUGAUUUCUUUCUUUGUGAUUAAAAGUUUGGGUGUUCUUUCUUCUCCACAUAUCAAAUUUUUUUAUAAGUUCUCAUACUACAGCUUUCUCCUACCCAAUAGUUAUUUUCUUAUGAAAAAGAAAAAGGUUGGGCUCUUCUCUGUUCUUGAGAGAGCUAUAGAAAGAAACUCUGCAAGGUUAGCUUUAUGCUAUGUCUGCUGCCACAGUAUUGCUGUUUCUUACUGUCUUGGUCUCAAAUUCCUAAAAUUAGAAUGGGUUAGAUAUAAAAAAUGGGUUCAUGAUUAAAAUUCAGAUAUGUCAUGUGGAUGCUGCCCCCAAAACCUUUGCAGUUAUUACAAAAAUCAAGCUAAAUUGCUUAGUAUGGCAGGAGUAAGCCCAGCUAGUGAGAAUGGGCCUAGCAAGAGGGCUAAAAGGAGGAGGUGCUACAGAACUACAAAAACAGAGUAAAGUGCCAAACCAGGUAAAGUGUACUCAGGAGAUCCAUUUAAGAGGCAAAACAAUUUUGGGGAUGCUAAGGGUUAAAUUCUCAAAAUAGCUAAAGGGGGAGGGGAGGAUAUCAAACACUUGGGGAAAGUCUCAGGCCAUUUAUUAUAGCCAGAAAAAGGCAACCAAGAUGUUACUCCCAACCCAUUUGCCUACUUUUCUAUCUCUACAACAUUUUGGGGAGAAUAACCUGCACACACAUUGAAGGAAUCCUUGCUGCAGGCUUGAGAAGUGAACAAGCAAGCACUGGCAGAAAGUAUUCUAUAGCAAAUUAAAUCUUUACAGACUAAAACUGACUGAAAGUUAUAGAGGAAAAAAAGAUGCCACUCUAUUAAUUGUUAAAAAGCAUUUGACCCAGUACAGCAAAACACUGCCUUAAAGACUCUUCCAACGCAGUGGGCCUAUGCAUUUAUCAAAUCAUUAGGCAGCUAAGUGGUUCUGUGGAUAGAGUGCUGGACCUGGAGUCACUUAGACCUGAGUUCAGACUUGACCUCACUAGGCAAGACACCUAACCUCUGUUUGCCUGUUUCCUCCACUAUAAAAUGGGGGUGAUCAUAGCACCUCUCUCCCAGGGUAGUUGUAAGGAUAAGAUGAGAUUUUCGUAAAACUCUUAGCACAGUGCCUGACAUCACAAAAAUUUCUUGGAAAGAUGUAACAACAAAGAUACUGUUUAAUGACCCUCUUCUGUUCGAUACUAUUAAGCCCUGGAACUCUGCGGAACCCACUAAAUGAAAUCCAUGUCCAUAUUCAGCCAAAAGUUCAGCCUAACUGUACACACUGGAAAACCCAAGUAGCUGAAUAAUGUCUGUUUUCCAAACUAUGAUUCAGACGACCCAUCCAGCCAGUCCAUCAGUACAAAUUUUGGGGGGGAAAAUAAGCUGUAUGUAAAAGAAAUUCAGUUUCAUGUACAAUCCUUUUUCUAUUCUUAAUAUACAGAAAUGUUUAUUUUACUGUUUUGUUAAAUUCAUAAUAUAGCCACACACACGUCUUGAACACACUGCAAAUAGAUAAUGUAUUAGGCCCAGAAACAGGAGGAAAUCAGGCUGGUUUGCCUUGAGACAAUUAGGCAGGCUUUUAAUGACCCCAAGCUUCUCCCUUAAACAAAGGCCUAUCUUUUUAAUAUCAUCCUCUUCCGCUGAUGUCUUAUGGCUGAGUUAUGGAAUACCAGUCUGGAAAAUUGAAAGUUAGAGGUCAUCCAAAGAACAACAAAUGACAAGAGGCACGCUGCAGAUGUUAGUAGGCUGUAAAGCAGUGCCAACAAGGAACUGCAUUAUGCAGAGGAGAAAUGGUAUAAAUGAUGUCAUCAGAAAGACACAUGAGCUGGGCUGGAAGAAAAAAAAGCAAGGUGGCAUCUACGGACAAGCUUUGUGUUCCUUUGGUAUCCACAUGAUGUCUAAAGAACCCUCCAGCACGUUGGGUAGAUCCACUUUGUAGAAUUUAUGGGAAGAUCUGGACAGAAUGAAAAGGGACGGAUGGGCUGCGAUAGAUCUGCGCUGUUGGAGAAUCCACAUCAGGUGAGAUCACAGAUCCACUGAAGUAUAUCAAUGUUAGAUUUUUUUCCUUCCCAAAUGAAAGCUUGUUUUUUGUUUGUUUGGUUUUUUUUGUAAUUUUCUUUUGACACAUUGAACACAUCCUAACGAAUAUCUUGCAUAUCUACUCUAACAGAAAGGAUGGAUGUGUCCUUUAACUUUGACAGUAUAGUACUAAUAUUGAUGGCUGUAUUUCAUCAUUUUGUUGCCUCCUUGUACUGCAAAAGCCUUAACAAGAAUAGGACAAAUGAGUCACAGGGUGCUGAAAUGGGGGUGGGGAGAGUGAAGGGGAGGGAGCCCAAUUCCUCCCAGCAGCAAGUGCACAUCCCCUUUUCCUCCAAAGUAGAAUUGUUCCCAGGGUCCCAGGAUGUCACCUCUCUCCCAGGGCUUGCCUUCCUCUCUGUGCCCCAAGGAUAGGAAACUGUCAGGCCCCUACUGACCUUCACAUCUGCAAUGGGACUUAUCCUCCAUUGGUCCCCAACCCCAGGUGCACGCUCUAGCCUGUACACAUACACACCCCUGCCCUGUGUUUUGAUGACCAUUUCUGUUUAGGCCCUGCUUGCUUCAUUCUGCUUCACUUCAUACAAGUCUUACCAUGCUUCUCAUAAUUCUUCAUAAAACAGCUGUGCCUAAACUUAAAUGUGAGUAUGUGAAAAUACUGGUUGAAACUAAUCCUUGCUACUGAAUUUCAAGUGAAAAAUUUAAACAUACUCAUAGAAAUUUAAACCCAUCAUUGCCUGACAGCUGACCUUAAAAGAAGACAGGAAAACCUUGUUCAAAUAAAAAUGGUUAAAGUUGAUGGGAGAAUAUACUAAUGGUAAUACUUUUUGACCCUUCACAGUUAAGAAUUUUGAUUUUUUUUUUUAAUCUGUGACUCAAAGUGCAUUUUCAUGGGCUGUCAUUAUUUGAAGUUCCACUUCUUUAGGUCUAAAAUAUUUUGCACCAAAAAUGUCACCUUUUCCUAAUUUAUCUAGCAGUCCACAAAUAUUGUAUGCCGUGCUAUAUAUCAUAUUGCAGGGAAGAUUUGUUUCAAAUUUCCCUAAUCACAGACUAACCUCCAAGAGUAGGAAGGCCAGACAGAGUGAAUAGCAGUAUCUUUUUGGUCCUCUUAAGACAACAGUACAGGACUGGCCACCAUCUUACUCAUUUAUAUUUAGAAGCCAGUGUGAAAAUGUAGUCCUUGACUCUUUCAACUAUCCAUACAAAGUUGAACACAUCUCACAGAAUUGGGAUGGCAGAGUUUUUAGUCUUUUUUUUUUGUUGAACGAAUGCAUUUUACUAUAGAGAAUAUCUGGAUGUGUCUUUAUAUCUUCUUCCCAACUCUAGUUCUUUUCCCACAUGCUGCUUCAUCUCUGGUCUUUCACUUUCUUAGGACUUUAAUAGCAAAAUAUAAAAGACCUUCCUCUUCUACAAGCCCAGCUAAAGGAAUAAUAAUUUGAGCUUUGGAAAGAGGCUUCAGGAACCUAGGUCCUUCACCCUGUGUUCAACAAAAGGUCUUGGAUCUGAUAUGCUAUUUAAUUUCUAUACUCCACCCAAUUUAGGCCUUAAUAAAUAAAAGCUUCCAUAUUAUGUCUUUGGGGACAGCUUCACCUUUAGACUUUUGCAAUAUGUGCUUUUUUAAAAAAUAUACUUGUUGAAUAAGCAUCUUCACUCUGGCAUUCUCAAAUCACUGUUCUUGACAUUGGCAGCAUUAAAAUUAUCAAACUGAAAUAGAAAGUGAGAGGAAACAAGAAUUCAAACUGUACAUACAAAAUGAGUCCACCCUGGAGAAGAUAUCAUAGCAGUUAUCUACCAACAAUAUUCUUGGGCAUUUCCCCAUGAUUUUAAGAAGAUAUGAAGACUGAUCUGUUGGAAAGGCAUUGCUGGGCCAGCCUUCUGCCCCCACGGGAGUCCCCCAGCCUCCUCUUUGAAAAAGAGAGUUUAAAGUAUGGAAAUCUAUAGUUUGGAAAUUUGGAAGAAAUAAAUUACUGUUUAAUAGUACUGCUGUUCAGCUGAGAGCAGUUUUCAUUUUUUCAGUUCUCUUUCUUGUUAGUUAAGUUAGGCUUGAGCUUCCUUAAGAUUCUCAAUGAAGUCAUGCUACAAAAGACAAAAUAGCCAGAUUCUGGGAAACAAUCUAUGUGUAUGAGUGCCAGCUGUUUAGGAACAGCCCUAGCAACCUAUAGCAAUUUAGUUUGUUAAAGGUUAUAUAGACCCAUGGGCAAUUCACAGCAUCUUAAACUCGCAGGAGCAGAGGAUUUACUUAUUUUUGGGAAACUGUAAGGUUAACUGUCCAAAUAAAUAAUAAAACCUAUCAAAUCACUUAAUAUUAAAGGGCAAUGUGGUAUAGUAGAUAAAGUCUAGAAGUAAGAAAGAGCAAUGUUUAAUCCUCUGAUGUUUAACUAAUACACUUGCUGAUCUGUAUCUGUGAAGCAGAGUGCAUAGAGCACUGGACUUGAAGUCAGGUAGGACCCAGGUGACAAAUGAUACCUCAGAGAGUAGCUGUGGGCAACUGACUUAAUUUCUCUGUGUGUCAGCUUCCACAUCUGUAAACGGAGGGGGCUGGAUGAGAGGGCCUGUAAGGUCCCUUCCAGCUCUAAAUAUGCACUCUUAUAAACUUCACCAAUGAUCCAUUACACAGGUCUGGACCAAAAAAUAAAGAAAGGAAGGAAGGAUUGGGAAGCUGGUGAGCAUCGGCAGUAUGUUGAGCAACAAAGAGCCAGAUCCAUCUGUCUGGCACGCUGCAAGUUAGAUGUAGGGCACAGUUAAACAUUACAGCUUGUUUUCAUUAUUUCCAUUAAAAAUUUUGCCCUCUAAAUUGAAAAAAAAUGAGCGGAAAUGACUCCUCCCCAUUUCCAGGCUAAUAGAAGUCCAGCCAUUUUGAAAUGUUUUGGUAGGCAAUGACCUUUUAAUGAAAUAUGAUUCAAGAUGGUUUUUUAUGAAGCAUGCUGUGUUCUAAAAAAUACAUUUGACUUGAGCAGUAAAGAAAUAUAUUAAUUUCCAGUAACAUGGCAUUUAGUGGAAUAGGAAAAUGUCCUUGUAGUUUCAUAUUAAAAAUAAUCUUGAAAUAAAUUGUGUCUCA